AUUGACUUGGGACAUGGUUUUCAAGUUGCGAGGGGUGUAAGGAUUGGCCCUCCUGUGCAGGCUAGGGGUGCACCAUCAGACAAAGGGAGUGUGGUAACCGCAAGGGCGCCACGGCGUAUAAUAAGCACGGGCUGCCUCACUGGUACACAGCACAUUCUCUCUCGGCUAUCGACCCGCGAACAUCAUCACCGACCAGUCCUGCGUUUAUUUCGUCCAGUCUGCUCGCUCUAGUAACGACGAUUCGUAGCGAGGAUUCGGCCAUUUUCGCAGCAUUUUCAAGUUUAACUAUUUCACGAUGAGUGCCACGGUCAUGCAGGCAUCUCCCGCCCAGUUUGACCCAUCGGCCACGGGGUCACUCUUCUCCUGUAGCCGGUCUGACAUCCCAUGCCACCACUUCUGUCUGCGGCACUCCAAGCCCUUGAACCAGGAGGUCGAAGAGUGGUUCAUGACGGACGAGGUGGAGGAGAAGCCAGCCGAGGACGAGCAGAAACAAGAGGGGGUGGGGCUUAACCCGGAGGAGGAGGAGGAAGAAGACGAUGAGGACAGGGACAUGAUGGAGGCCGGACUCCUGGAUCAGCUCCUGGACGAAGCCUACGCACAAUACUACGAUGAACCAGACGAGUGGGAGGAGCUUGCUCAAUGGUACACAACCCGCAUUAACUGCGAUGAGCCGUGGGAAGGCGAGGAGCAGGAGGACCAGUCAUCCGGCGCGGUUUCGUCUGGUGCCGCAUACCAACGUCAGGAAGACUUCCACCCGGCUUGGCGGCAGGACGUGGCGGGGACAUCAUCGCUGGCAUCCACCAGCCACGGUGGGCAGAGGAGAUCGUCAGAGCCUCAGCCGACUAGCAACGGUCAGCCCCACGCCACCAAGCGGCGAGACUGGGCCGAGAUGGCGGACGAACAAGACAGAGAAGAGGCGAUGGAGCUGUCGUCCAACACCCAGCAACUCCGCAGUACCAGCGCCGCCUGGAAUGACAGCACGCGGGUCAGGGAAUGUGAACUCUACGACACAUUCAAUGACCUAUUAUUCCCUGAUCCAGAAUCCGGACGAUUGUAGAACACUCUCCCUUCUCGACUGAAAUGAACUUGUAAAUAUUUACAUUUGGUAAUGAUAGCACAUUGGCCACCAAUGCCAUUUGCAUUCUUUCCUGUAAACUGGUGAUGGUUUUCGAUUCUUUACAGUUAAGUUGCUGAACCAUCAUUUCGACAAGCAAUAAAAUAAAUUCAGCUUUUAAUAUAAAAAAUAAUAUCAGAAUUAUUCCGCUGUAAUCAUCAUCAACCAGUCAACGAUUAAUACCUCAAUGAUUCUUGUACUAAAAAAGCUUAUUAAUUGGGCGUUCAUAUCCUAGAUAUUGAAAGUGCAGCAUGCAGAACUUCAUUUAAAAAAAUGGUCCUACCAUUUGGGUUUCCUUUUGUUUUGACUCUAUCAUUAUCUUCAAUACUUCUGCCUAGAGUAUCAAUUUUAGUACGUUUCGUUUUUGCAUCGGUUAUGAAGUUGUCUUAGUAUAAUUGAAAAUAUUUUAUGAAUUCUUAAUUGAAUACACUGGUCUGCAUAUUAUUCAAGCCUAAUUGAAUAAAUCUGGAUAUUUUUAUGACACAAAACACAA